UUCACAACACUUGGAUGCUCUCGCGACUGCGGUCAAGAUGGCCGACGAGAAUUGGUCAGCCGAGUGCCCCAAUGAUGAACAUCGCCUUGCACGCUACUCGUAGACUCGUCUCGUCCUCGGCUGCCGAGCCGUGGUUCAAGGCAGGCCUGUCGUUCUCGUGUACUAAGUGCGGCAACUGUUGCUCGGGGACCAAGGGGAGCGUGCAGUUUUUGGAUGCCGAGGUGGACGCGAUGGCGUCCAAGAUGGAGGUCGACGUCCCGACCUUCCUUAAAAAGUACGCUCGUCGACAAGGCCGCGGGGCCAACUCAUUCUUCCAACUCAAACAAAAGCGGACUGCCACAGGCUUCGACUGCGUGUUCCUCGACCGCAAACUCGUGAAAGGCAAGGCAGUGUGCUCGCUGUACCAGGCACGGCCCAUGCAAUGCAGAACAUGGCCAUACUGGCCAGAGAACUUGGAGACGAGGCAGACGUGGGAGCGGCUGAAGACCGCCAAGGACGGAUGCCCCGGCAUCAACAAGGGGCCUGCCGCGCCCGUGGACGAAGUGCUCCAACAACGAGAUGACAUGGACGCAUGGCGUACUGCCGUCGAAGUGCCCACUAAACUCAAGUAGAAGUAGUCUAGACCAGUAUUCCUAAUAACGACAAUGUGCAAUGGCACCCCAGAUACUAAACAUCAACACUUGUGCCG